AUGGCGCGUCCAAACGAUCUAGAUUGGUGUCAUUGCGGUAACUGUAGUCUUAUGCCUACCAUUGAGGAGUGCAGGUGCUGUAGUGAGAUACACAGUGUACUGAACACAAAAGACGACAUACCAGGGAUACAGUGCAUAACAGACCAUCCUGGAAUUGGGCCAGUCUGUUUGGAUAUUUAUAUGCUGAGAACAUCAUAUUUCCAGUACAGACAACUUCAUGGAGAGAUACCAGAAUGCCCCGAGAGAUACCGCUAUACAGCAUACAGACAAUUUGUGAGAUGGUGCUGGGGUACUUGGGGAAAAAGCAUAAGAGUGCCAUUACCUGCGUGUGCUGUGAAGAUUAUUAGAGAAACAUUUCCUGCACCAAAUGGAAAUUUUAAAGGUUUUAAUUUUGUGCAUUAA